GCAGGAACUGCGGAGGCCGGGUGGAAAGGCAAAGGGGAGGACGCGGAGCCGGAGAGGACAACCAGGACAACCAGGACCGCAGCCUUUAGACCAGCGAGGGGCUGCGAGCAGCAUCCCCCGGCAGGAAACGGGAAGCGCUUUACCACAGCCCACGGGGCGUGCUGGCAAGGCCGGCCGGCCGAUGAAGGCUCGUCCUUCCUCGCUGCCGAGAACUUCCCGGCGGCUGCUGCGCCUCUGCGGGAGGAGAUCAGCCAGGGUGUGCCCCAGCCCACUCCCGACGCACGGCAGGGCGGAGAGGAUGCAGUGCCACGUGGGAUUCCCCGCUGCUGUCCCGGGGCAGCGGGACGCGCCCGCGCUGCCGCAAAUUUGGGAUUUUUGGGCGCGAUCGGGACCGGCGGGAUUCGAACCCGCGGCCUAAGGAGUCCCGCGGCCACGCCCCUUUAGACCACGCCCACACGUGGUUUGUCCCGCCCCAGGUCACGCCACGCCCCUUGCCGCCGGCGGGUCAUGUGACUGACCAAGAUGGCGGCGCUCAGGGCGGCGGUGCCGGUGCUGGCGCUGCUCGGGCUGGGCCUGGGCCCCGCGGCCGCCGCCACGCCGCUGGUGAUCUGGCACGGCAUGGGAGACAGCUGCUGCAAUCCGGUGAGCAUGGGCUACAUCCAGAAACUGGUGGAGAAAAAAAUCCCGGGGAUUUUCGUCCUGUCGCUCAAGAUCGGCAGCAACCUGAUCCAGGACAUGGAGAACAGCUUCUUCAUGAAUGUCAACGAGCAGGUGAGCCAGGUGUGCAGGCAGCUGGCCACAGAGCCCCGGCUCCAGGGGGGCUACAACGCCAUGGGCUUCUCCCAGGGAGGCCAGUUCCUGAGGGCUGUGGCCCAGAGGUGCCCUGCUCCUCCCAUGCUCAGCCUCAUCUCCAUCGGGGGACAGCACCAAGGCGUGUACGGCUUCCCGCGCUGCCCCGGGGAGAGCUCCCACCUCUGCGACUGGAUCCGCAGGACGCUGGACCUGGGGGCCUACAGCAAAGCAGUGCAGCAGCACUUGGUCCAGGCAGAGUAUUGGCACGACCCGCUGAAGGAGGAGGAGUACAGGAAGAGCAGCGUUUUCCUGGCUGACAUCAACCAGGAGAGGGGCAUCAACGAGACCUACAAGAAAAACCUGAUGGCUCUGAAGAAGUUUGUGAUGGUGAAAUUCCUCAACGAUACCAUGGUGGACCCUCCAAUCUCUGAGUGGUUUGGGUUUUACAAAAGUGGCCAAGCCAAGGAGACCAUCCCACUGCAGGAGACCUUGCUGUACAAAGAGGAUCGCCUGGGGCUGCAGGAGAUGGACAAGGCAGGGAAGUUGGUGUUCCUGGGGGUGCAGGGGGAUCACCUGCACUUCUCAGAAGAGUGGUUUGACAGCUCCAUCCUCCCCUUCCUCCACUGAAGCCCCCCCGGGAGCCCUGGGCAGGGAUUUUCACUGGAACUAACACCAGCCACUGUGCACAGCCCUCGGUGCAGGCAGGGAUUUGGGGAGGGGAACAAGGGGGGGUUUAGCUCAGGGGGGUUUUAGCUCAGAGGGGUUUAACUCAGGGGGGUUUAGCUCAGCAGGGUUUAGCUCAGCAGGGUUAACUCAGCAGGGUUUGCCAGGGUGGAAUUGCACUCCCAGCUGGGCUGAG